GCGUAGUCUGACGUCACAGGGAUGAGACUUGGGACGUCUGGAUUAGCUGUCCGGAGGGAGACAAGGAGAGAGACUCUUAACAGGGCUGCGGAACUGUAAAAGAGCGAUCCGGAAGUGCGGGACUGUGUUGAGAAAAUUUGGGACUGUUGUGCGGCUGUCAGUGCUCAUGUUGUGCACGUAAAGAAAUCCUCUCUGCAGAAUCUACUUCAAUCAAUCAAGCUCAAUACUGCCAAGGCACAUUUGGGCUGUAGCAGUAUCUGGUGCAGAAAUGGGGUGGACUGUGUUUCUUCUUAAGGGAUCAUGUGCCCCUUUUUGGAGACCUGGUGGUCAGCUGCUACAAAGUAGACUAUGCCUGUCUUACUCCCGGCAGCUUUCCAUUAAUUCAGGGGCACAAGACUGUCCACCAUCUACAGCAAAACGUCCUCCAGUUAGAAUUGGUUGUGCCUCUGGAUUCUGGGGAGACACCGCAGCUUCAGUUCCACAGCUUUUGUAUGGUGGAAAACUGGAUUUUUUGGUGUUUGAUUAUCUCUCUGAAAUCACAAUGUCUCUGCUGACGGCAGCAAAGGCCAAGUCAUCCAGUUUGGGAUACACUCCAGACUUUAUCCACACUGCAAUGGCUCCAUAUAUAACAGACAUUCAUAAAGCAGGUAUUCGUGUAGUCAGUAAUGCUGGGGGAAAUAACCCAAUGGCAUGUGCCGCUGCCCUGCAAGAAGUAGUAAAGAAAGCCAAUCUUGAUAUGAAGAUAGCAGUUGUCACUGGUGAUGAUUUGAUGAAAAAGAAAGAUUCAUUUAAGGAAGCAGGCAUCACAGAUAUGGAUAGUGGCACACCAUUCCCAGAUACUAUUCAUAGUAUGAAUGCUUACCUUGGAGCAAGGCCAAUAAGCAGAGCCCUUGAUCUCGGAGCAGACAUUGUUGUGACUGGUAGAUGUGUAGACAGCAGCGUUGUACUGGGGCCUCUUAUACAUUCCUUUGGCUGGAAGAGAAAUGAAUUUGACUUACUUGCAGCUGGCAGUUGCAGUGGUAUAGGAAAGACAUCUUCCCAUGUGAUUUUUAAGACAUUUUUCUCUUGCAACAGUCUUGCCGGUCACCUGAUAGAGUGUGGAGCUCAGUGUACAGGUGGAAUAUUUACUGACUGGCAUCUGGUACCAGACUGGCACAAUAUUGGCUUUCCGAUAGUGGAAUGCACUUCAGAUGGGAAUUUCACAAUAUCGAAGCCACAAGAAACUGGCGGCCUUAUCUCUUUUGGCACAGUUGCUGAACAAUUAGUGUAUGAAAUUGGAGAUCCUGAACACUAUCUACUUCCUGAUGUGUCUUGUGACUUUUCCCUGGUUUCUAUUAGUGAAAUUCAAGAUCAUGAUGGAGGAGCAGUACGUGUUCAUAGUGCAAAGGGGUUACCACCUUCUUCAUCUUAUAAGGUGUGUGCUACUUAUCUUGAUGGAUUCCGAGCCACUGCAGUAUGUCCUGUGGUAGGACCAAAUGCAGCAGAAAAAGGAAGACGGACAGCUGAGAGUAUUCUGAGGAGGACCCGAGAUAUAUUUUCAAAGCUUGGCUAUGCUGAGUACAGUGACGUUAAUCUACAGAUACUUGGUGCUGAAGAUUCAUAUGGUUCAUAUGCUAAAUCAAAAGAUCUUGCUCGUGAAGCUGUCAUUUGGCUUGCUGUGCAUCACAAGCAGAAAAAAGCAUUAGAAAUCUUUGCAAGAGAGAUUGCACCUGCAGGCACAGGAAUGGCACCAGGUCUCACUGGCAUCGUUGGUGGCCGACCAAAAGUAUCUCCAGUUCUGAAGCCAUUUUUUUUUCUUUACCCCAAGAAAAAUGUUAAGAUUGAUAUCUUCAUGAAUGAAAAGCACAUAGAAACGUUCUUUGAUGAUUAUUCUUAUACUACAGAUGAAAGUUUUGAUCCUACACCUGCUAUUGCAGAAGUUCCAAAAGACCUUCCAAGUGGUCCUUAUACCUAUCGCUUAGCUGAACUGGCUUUUACAAGAAGUGGAGACAAAGGAAAUAACGCUAACAUAGGCGUUGUUGCUCGCCAUCCACUUUACUACCCUUAUUUAAAAAGGGCACUUUCUCCAGAAGUCAUUCAGGAAUACUUUGAGCACUUAUUGCCAAAAGAGCACCUUGGUGAAUCCUUGGUAACUAGAUAUGAGUUGCCAGGAAUAUAUGCAUUGAACUUUGUGCUGAAGAACUCUUUGGGUGGAGGAGGAAUUGCUUCAUUGAGAAGUGAUCCACAGGGAAAAGCCUUUGGGCAGAUGUUACUAGAUCUGGAAAUUAAAGGCAUUCCUGAUUUAAAGUCCUUAAUUGAUUAAGCAGCCAAGAACAAUAAUCGGAAUUGUUUACUGAAGUCGCAAUAAAGCUGUAGAAGUCUUCAGUGGUGGUCAAGAAACUGAAGGAUGCCGUCCUUUCUGAUCCAUAAUGCCUUAGUGCAAAUCUCUAACCAAUUGUGUUGGAUUUGUGUGUUCAAACGUGUGCUCUUCUGAUAUUCAGAUUUUAUAAUUGGCCCCUACAUGUCCAUGUUUUUUGUUGAUUACCAUAUCUUUAAAAGAAAUUGUUUAAACCAGUAAUGAAUCUGUUAAUCCUAAUGUCACACUUGGGGGCAGAUUUACUUAGGGUCGAAUAUCGAGGGUUCAUUAACCCUCGAUAUUCGACUGUCGAAGUUAAAUCCUUUGACUUCGAAUAUCGAAGUCGAAGGAUUUAGCGCUAUUCGUUUGAUCGAAUGAUCGAAGGAAUAAUCGUUCGAUCGAACGAUUAAAUCCUUCGAUCGAACGAUUAAAUCCUUCGAAUCGAACAAUUCAAAGGAUUUUAAUCCAUCGAUCGAACUAAAUUCCUUCGAUCAAAAAAAGCUUAGAACAUUGAGGUUCAGUAAGUUUUACGUGGCGAAGUAGGGGGUAGAAGUUUUUUUUUUUUAAAGAGACAGUACUUCGACUAUCGAAUAGUCGACCGAUUUUUAGUUUAAAUCGUUCGAUUCAAAGGUCGAAGUAGCCCAAAAAAACAUUCAAAAUUCUGAGUAUUUUUUUCUUCUAUUCCUUCACUCGAGCUAAGUAAAUGUGCCCCAUGGUGUUUUUCUGCCACAUUUCUGCACUGUGCAGCAACAAACCUCCAAAAUAGAAUGAAAAUAUCAUAGAAUCUGCAGUGUAAAAAAAGUGAAAACCACAAUAAAUGUGCAUUUUCAGGCAGAGGUGGAAAAUAGGCAGCUAUAGCUAUGUCUAUAGAGACUACUGCCAGAAAAGCUUACACACACGAUCAUCUCUGACCUAACAAAAAAAAACAUAACAAAAAAUGUUGUGGCUGAUUGCAGUGAACUAUGGUGAACGAUUCCUGGUUCGAAUUCGCUCAAGUGUUUUUAUGCUAUGUUGUGAAUAUUUAAUAACAUGGCAGAAAAAUGGCACAUACAAAAUUAGCAUAUGGAGAUAAAGAAGGAGUAGCUCCAUUAGUAUAAUGGGUUGGGGUACUAAUUGUUAGCCUGUUUUGCUUAUCAUGGGCAGAACUAUUUUAGCAUUGAUAGAACACACACACUCAUACAAAUGUAAAUAUAUAUAUAUAUAUAUAUAUAUAUAUAUAUAUAUAUAUAUAUAUAUAUAUAUAUAAAUAAUCCAUAUAAUACCAGCACUCAUGAUAAAAUGCUUCACGUCACCAACUGCUCACUCGAUCCUCCCCUGAAAAAGCUGCACUCACAGGUCUUAUGAACGUGAACAUUUUUUAUCAUAAACACUCACUAACGUUUUGGCUCUUCCCCAGCCUUUCUCAAAGUUACAAAACAUAAUAAUAUCCACCCUAGACG